AUGCCACGAAAUCGAAAUACUGACAAAUUUGUUGUUGUUCGAACAGAUGUUGAUGGAAAUGUAUUAGAUUAUGAUAUUAUUGAACAACCUAUUGGUUCAUUUCCUACUCAACGAACAUUACAAAAAACUAAUCGAUCAAAAUCAAUUGAAUCAACAUCACGAGUUAAUCGAAUACAAAAUAAUGAUAAUGAAGAAGAAAAAAAUAAACAUGUUCCUGUUACACCAUUGAAAACAGCACAUUCAGAACCAACUACAGAAUCUACAUCAAUACAACGACGACGUGGUGUUCGUUAUGUUCCUCCAAUAUCAAAUGUUAAAAUUUAUCAAAAAAAACUUAAUUGGUAUGCAGAACCAAAAAUAAAAUCACAUAAUGAUGAUGCAAUAAGACAAAUUCGUCGUGCACCUAAAAGAAAAAUAUUUGGUCAAAAAUUAGCUUGGAGUACUGAAUCAAAACUUGAUACACAUAAUAAUGAAGCCAUAGAAACUAUUCGUAAUAGACCAAAAUCUCAAAUAUUUGACGAAAAAACAAAUUGGAAUGUUGAAACAAAAAUUGAUUCACAUAAUGAAAAAGCCAUUGAAACUCUUCGUCAAGUACCAAAACCACGAAUUUAUGAUGAAAAAAUGACUUGGGAUGUGAAUACAAGAAUCGAUGCUCAUAAUGAACAAUUUGUUCAUCAUCUUAAAAGUGCACCAAGACCAACUAUUUAUGAUGAAAAACUUACAUGGCAACCACGUACACGAAUUGAUCAUCAUAAUGAAGAAUAUAUUCAACAUAUAGAACGUGAACGUACAUUACGAGAACAAACAGCAAAACAACGUAUUCAAAGUUUUUCACAUGAACGAACAGUAAAAGCAGAUAGACCUCGUGUUAAUCAUUCUAAUCCUGAAUAUGUAGAACAUAAGAAAAGAAGAAUAUUAUCAAGACUUCCUCCAAUUGAAGAUCGAAAAUUUGAAUGGAAAAAAGAAACUCGUAUUAAUCAAAAAAAUGAUGAUUAUAUUGAACGUAUUCGACAAAAACGAUCAAUACCUCUUAUUUUUCGAGAAAAAAUUCAAUGGCAUACAAAAACACCACAAAUUAAUGCUCAUAAUGAAGAAUAUCUUGAUAAAUUAAAAGAUCACAAAAAGCCAAUAAUUGUUAAUCAAUUACCUCAAUGGAGUUCACACUCAAAAAUUGAUACAUACAAUGAUAAAUAUGAUCAAAAUUCUGAUUCACGUCUUAGACCAGUGAUUGUUAAUGAAAAACCUCAAUGGUAUGGACGAUCAAAAAUUGAUACAGGUCUUCUACCUGAUUCCAAUCCAGAAGAAUAUGCUGAUUAUGGGUUGGCUACUUGA